GUGCGCUGACUAGUGUGUUUUCGCAUAGAUCAAGGUUAGACGGAGUGUCAUCAAUAAACGCCGGUAAAAGUGGUAGAGGACUUUAGGAUGGGUGGUUUCACAGAGAUCGUGUAUACAGCAAUCGACGACUGUCUUUAAUUUAGCAACGCUAAAUGGGCGACUCUUCCCGAAAAGGGGAAAACAAGCUAUCAUUUGUUAGCAGAAAGAUGCAUGGCUGUUGUCACGUUUUUGCGGUUAGGAGUCAUCAAGUUUUUAUAGCACAGGCAUUUCCAAAUAAUGCGUCAUUUCAUUCUUUCAAAACAGCUCAGCAUAAAAAAUAGCGUCGUUUCUGGAUAGAAGUGCGUUCUUUUAGAAAAAGAAAAUAAGACGCCAGAGUCAAGGUUGCCCGUAAGAAGACGUUGGUCUUUUGAGAAGUUACACUUCAAUUGGGGAAAACAUGUUAUUUGCAGUGGAUGUUGGCGUGUUUGUUGGAUCAGUGGUUGUUCUGUCAUUUGUCUAUGUCUCUUUUCUCAAGAAAAUGGUGAAAACGUCUUCUGAGGUUAGCAAGGAGAAAGAGAAAUCUGCAAGCAACAAGAACCACGUUAAGGCUGACUAGCUGAGAGGAAUGUUCAUCCAUAGAACUCAUGUUAGAGGACGACGGACACAAAAGUGUACAAAAGUAAUCCGGACCUUUUUUCUCACAAGCCUACCGCACUCGGCUUCUAUCAUUUAGAUCGGAACGAUAAAGAAACAGAUUUUUAAUGUGGUACUUCUGCUUCAUCGCCGCUGAGCCAUCCAAAACUGCUUAUCGAGAAGGAGGGAUCCUGACACCAUAUUUUGCGCAAAGCUAUUGUAGCUCUCUAUUUAACAAUUCUCUAAAUUAAUUCUGCAUCUUUUUAAAGUGGUCUUGACUCCAUGUUUUCUGACUAAUUUUUCCCCUCUGAAAAUGAACUGAUUUUAUAUUCUGAUGAACUAAACGGUAAAAGCAUUUAAAAAUACUAAAUACCUUUACGAAUAUCAGUUAAGUUGUAAUACACAUUUUGAUAAAUCAAUUCUUGCAAAAUACGUUACUUUAAUUCAACUGGUGGUAAAAAAUGAGAAUGUGUUGAGUAAAUAUUCUUAAUAUUUCAUUCGUAUCUUAUGCAUAGAAGCUUGGCAAGCCAUCAGAUUAGCGCUUAGGUAUAAAGUUUCGCAAAUAUCAGUUAAACUAGGAAUUUCUUUUACCUUUAUGUAAUAACGUUAACUUUAAGACUUAACACAGUUCUUUCAGAUCCAUUUAUUUACUCUAAGGUCCACUAGAAGGUUUAUCAUUUUUGUACCGUUCAUUCAUAGUUUAAAUAACGUUUUUUCCUCCAGAUUCUUGUUGAAGUUAACUAAGUAAAAUUAAGGGUUGUUGAAUUAUUCCAUGGAAGUGUAACUCUUUAACAAAUUGUUUUUAUUUGCUGAUGCAAAUAGCUUAAGGGUACCUGUUGAUGAAUCCCCUCUCUUCCACAAACUUUGAAAACAUUUCUCAGCACAUAUGUUUGCAUUUUUGUAGGUUGCUAGCUACAACAACAACAACCAUUUGCAGCAUAGCGUUAUCACUUUUCAAAAACGAGGACAUAAAUUCGCGCUAUAUCGCGUAAAUGCUCAGCUAAAAAUGCAAAUUUAUAUUUUCAACUUUCUUGCUCAGUGGGGGAAUGGGGUAAGCAUGAAUUUCAUUACCAGGACUACUCGUUUCUUUUUAAAACCGAAAGCUGAUAAGGAAGCACCCAGACACGGGAAAUUCGUUAAAGUAAUUCAGUUAAAUUCUACUGACACGUAAGGAAAAAUUUAUAAAGUGACUCAAGACUAAAAAAGAACAGAGUAUGGAUUGAUGUGAGGAAGAAGGGUCUUCUCUAAGAAGUUCAAGCAAUGAUUAGAAUUAUCUUUCUGCAAAUUGCGUUAUAUUUGGUCGCUUGCAAUGUCCUUUGCCUCUACGCCAGCGGCUAUUCCAGCGAAAAAUGCUCACAGAAGAAUAGUGAGUGUGGAGAAAAUGGAUCAAAGUUGACACAAGAGACGGAAUCUGACAGCAACGAUUGUCAAGUUAUUCGUGAGAUCGAGGAAGUGGUUAAUAAUCUACGCCCGAAGUUAGCUGUUUUUCCCGAGGCCCAAAAAAGAUUUGAUGAGCUAAGGGUCCUGUUGGAAGAACAAAAAGACACAAAAAAAGACAGUUGCAAAGGCAAAUCAGAUAAAUUAGCUUUUGAAGAAGUCGCAAAAUUUCUUACAACCACAAAAAGUAGCAUUGCAAAAUUUCGAAGUAAAGAUUCUUUGAAAAUUUUAGGGGGUGUUCUUGACAUUGUCUCAAGCCUUGAAAACCUGGUUGACGUUGGUAAACCAAACAGGGUUAUUAUUCAGACUCUUUGGAGAGUUGUUGGCUGGUUGUUAAUGGAAAGUAAUGCAGAUCAAAGUGUGGUCGAUCAACUAAAAAAUUUUGUUCACGAUGAAAUGAUUCGCUUUAACAAAAGCUUACUGGAUCAGAAAUACAGAGGGCUCAAACGUCGCGUAUCAGAACAAAUUUUUCAGUUGCAGCGAAUGAAGGAAGGAGAGAAAUUGGAUGAUCCUAAUCUGUGGAAUGAUUACGUGCAAUUUUUGGGUGAGCUUGAGGACAGGUUUGAGUCGCCACUUCCUUUCAAUAUUUCAAACAACCUGAAAGAAAAUCCCAAUGUGGAAGAUUUCGUAACUGCCAUAGUUAAGUACUGUGAAGCCCACUCUUUGUAUAUGGCUCUUCUGGUCGCUGCUAAAGCAAAAUAUACAGACUUGAAAAUCGCGCACGAAGACGACAUAGCCAUUGCGGAACGUAGAAUGAUUUUUCAAAGUAAGGAUGCUAGAGAGAAACUCUCUUUUCUGUCAGAAAAGAGAUUUUUAACAUUUCUUGGGAGAAUUGAGGGCGGAAAACUUACAAAAAUUGUGGCUUUGGGCCGAAGAAUUCGGGAUAAACACGUGGUAGAAACCGUUCGACACAGCUUGGGUUUGUCACCAAUGCCAGAUUUAUCAACCAUCAACUCUUCUGCGAAGAAAGUGAAUCAACAGACAGUGACUUUGAGGUCAGUAGAGAAUUGCAAUUGGUUUCUUUACCAGUACUUUGGCAAUCGCUUUUCCAUUAAGUUUAUCAAUGAUGCUGACAUUCCGAUAAAGAUUGAUUCGGGUGAAAUCGGCUGGAGUCAAGAAAACAAACUCAAGUUUGUGCAAAACAUUUCACCUUACUCAAUGCAUCACCUGAAGAUUGCUUAUCCCAGCUUCUCUACCGCUGGGUACAUAACUCUGAAUUUCAACAAUAUCCAGAGGGUUAUUGAAUUUGCAGUGUCGUUUGUUUUCUACAACAGCAAAAUAAGCAUGCAAGACAAAACUGAAGCAGAGUUUUCCCGCGGUCUCGACGCCUAUAACGACAGAUCUGAGGAUGCUGUAACUCUGUACUUUUCUGAGGAUGGAAAAUAUUACAUUGUCAAAGCUGAGAUUUUUGUUUGUUGGCCCGAUCGCAUUUGGCGGUUUAUCAUUCAAGAUUUUGAUCCAGAAGCUGUUGGAGACUAAGAACAUUGGGAUAGACACUCUCGUUCAUUAACCUCUUUCCCAGGGUCUCUCUUCUACAACCCUCCCUAAAAAUUCAGAAAAGAGAGCCAAAAGAUUUUUUUGCAAGACCCCAGAAGAUCUCCCCCUCCCUCCCCCCCUACAGUCUUUAAUCAAUACUUUUAGUCUAUUUGGAGAUCGAGCUAACUCUCACGUCAUUAGCUGAAAUUCUCUCUUCUUUUUAUUAUUCAUAAAUUACAUGAGAAAAUACUUCUUUUGAAAAUUGCUUGGUUGAAUUUUAAUAUUCUAACUGUUUUCAAUAAGUGUUCAUAUCUUUCCUCAGCUAGCCACCAUUUAAUAUCAAAUUUUAAUGUUCAAAUGCUUUUUUACAUCACCCAAAAGUUCUCUACACCAUUUCAUUCCAC